GCGCGAGAGCGAGGCAGCUGGUAGCAAAGUCCUCGCAGCGAGUGGCGUUUCCGCUCUCACCUAAAAUAAAGAGCUCGACGAGGAGGAAGGAGAAGGCGAGGACGGAGAACAACAGACGCGGCGCUGACAGAGCCCGACCACGGACGCCUUAUAUAUAUUUUGUCCGCUUGAGUAAUUCUCGUUUGGGUGUGUCUCCUUUUAUACCACCUUUAAUGCCUCGAAUGUGAACGGGAGAGAGGAGAGAGGAUCGCUCCUGCUAACCCUUACGUUGGUUAAGCCGUAGAGGACUCACUGGUCGCCGGAGGAAAAGAUGUGCGAUGGAAUGGUAGCGUUUCAGACGAGAACCCUGUCCUCUUCCUCCUCUUCUUCCUCCACCUCCUCUCUAGCCCACAGGCUGGCUGCCUCCGCGCUUCUCCUCCUCUUCACCCUGCUCCCUCAUGGUCACGCAUCAGGUUGUGCGCGGCCACCCGGCGUGCAGCACGGAGACCUGCUGAAUCAGACGGAGGCGAACCGGGGAUCCUUUCCCCCGGGCACCCAGUUGACUUAUGGCUGCGAGCCAGGUUACACCGCAGACGGACCCACCACCAUCAUUUGUACCAGUUCUGGAGCCUGGUCCUAUCAACCACCACUGUGUGUCAGGAGCAAUGUGUGUUCACCCCCUCCUGAACCAGAGAACGGGGGCUACCGCUGUCACCCCUCUCCCUGCCACCACCUCACCCAGAAGACCGUCAUCGAGUACUUCUGCGACGAAGGCUACGCUCUGAAAGGAGACUACAAGUUCCUCACCUGCCAGAACGGCGAGUGGGACGGUCUCAUGCAGAUUAGCUGCCGGCUAACACAAGUCAAAGAGCCAAGCUCUCCGCUGGGUAUCCCGGCUCUGUCGAUUGUGGCGUCCACAGCCAGCUCUGUGGCUCUCAUCCUGCUUUUAGUGGUGCUGUUUGUUCUUGUACAGCCAAAACUCAAGUCUUUCCAUCACAGCAGGAGGGAGCAGGGCGUCUCGGGCCAGGGAGGCUCCAUCAUGGUGGAGGGCGUCCAGGUGAGCCUUCCCUCGUAUGAAGAGGCUGUGUAUGGAAGCGGAGGACCAUGCGACGCCUCUGGUCCUCCUCCUUCUCCACCACCUCCUCUGGCUCCUCCAGAGUCACGAGUCCCAAUUGUGCUCUCUGAGGGGCUUCCUCAGGGCGCCACCGGAGGCCAAGGCUCCAGCAGAACCAGCCACCACAGAGACUUAGACUUCUGUCUCCCAUCCACCUCUUCCUCAUCAUCCUACUCUUCCCGCCGUCAUGCAGAGACAGUGCUGGUUCACCAGGCCCCCUCUUCUUCCUCCUCCUCCUCUUCCUCUUCUUCAUCAUCAUGGGCUAGAGAUCGCCCCAGGGGUGCGUGCGCAGGCCCUCUACCUCUUCGUAGAGACUCUGAGAGCAGCGACCAGAACAGUCUGCUUUCUGUCACCUCUGUGGAUGAAUUUUCUGAUGAUAUUCCCCUGCUGAAGGAAGCAUGAAGCCUGCCAAGCUGCUAUCAGCAUCAGCUGCAGAGCCCCUCUUUCUCUAUCUCUCACUGCUGACCAGGACUGACUGUGGCUGACAAACCUACCUUUUUUCCCCCGCCUCCUCCGACUUCCCUCAGCAGCACACAGGACAAAAAAAAAGAAAAAAAAGAAAAAGACUAGAACUAUGUCCAUUCCCCAUGCAGAGCAAAGCCAACAACCAAUCAUCACUGGUACCACAAGCAGUGUUGGAGCACCACUGGAUGCAGCUCCUGGAUACAACUAAAGACAAUUCAAAGACAAACACAGUGGUGCCAGCUCAGCAUAAACCCUGUAGAUCCUAUGUAUAUGAGUAAAUCAUGCAUACUGAGUCAAGGUUGUGUACUAUAGGCUAUGAGUUACAAAUA